AUGGCUCCACCCCUGCCUCCGGAUGAACGUAUCCAUCUCAGAUGCGAGCUUGCCAGAUGCGUUCUGAUGUGUGUCGUCGAGUUGGCGUCUUCUUGGUCGGACGGGUUCUGGCCUGCUGCCCUUCUUGGGCGCGGGAAGCCGGGGAUACGGGGUCAUAAGGAUCCGUUUCAUGGAGCCUAUGUGGUGGCGAGUUUCAGAGUGCAAAAGCCCGUUUCUUUCUUGAAUGCUAACAUUGCAAGGCUUCAAUAUGACAUCUUCGAAGAGAUUGGUGUUCCAAAUUCCUCGGUGGCUGUUAUUUCCCUGGAACCGUUUGGUGGAUUGAACUGGACGAAUGUGGUGUUUGGAAUUUGGCCUUAUCCAAAAACUACAACUAUAUCUUUGGCUGGGUUGAGCGUACUUCGAGAUAAUUUUAAGUCCUUCGUGAUACGACGGUCAACUCUUGACUUGACCACAUCCUUGUUUGGGAAAACAUAUUUCUUUCAAGUUCUAAAGUUCCCUGGAGGAAUUACAAUUAUUCCCCAGCAAAAUGCUUUUCUUUUGCAGAAAGCGGACAUGCUUUUCAGUUUCACCUUAAAUUUCCCCAUCAACAAAGUAGAAGGGAAACUAGGUGAGCUGAAGGCUCAGAUGAAGUCUGGUUUACUUCUCAGUUCCUACGAGAAUUUGUACGUAAGUCUAACAAAUUUGAAGGGUUCAACAGUUGAUCCUCCAACAAUUGUUCAGACAACUGUGGUGCUUGCAGUCGGGAAUAGGCCACCUUCAGCACCACGAUUGAGACAGUUGGCACAGACAAUAAGAUCUGACGAGAAUCUUGGUCUUAAUCACACGGUGUUUGGGAGAGUAAAGCAGAUACAACUUUCUUCUUUCCUCAACCAUUCUCUGAAUGGUGGGGGUAAUGGCAUGUCUAUACCACCUACUCCCGCUCCUCAACCACAAGUUGACCAUCACCCUCACCGGCCAUCACUCUGAUAUGGAUCCAGCUCCUGCGCCUGCUCAUCAACACUUGCACAGACCUCCAGCACCAUGUGGGCGCCACUGUUUGUCUCCCAACAAACCCAAGAGCAGCCGUCACAUAGUUCCUGCUGCUGCACCAGCUGAUUCCCCAAAGACUGCACCUUCUUCAGAACCAAGUGAUGAUCUGCCUACUCUACCACCAAAUGAACGUCCAUCAGCUCCAUCUCCAUCCGAGGAUCUACCAGCUUCUGCACCACGCUCAUUCCACACACCUCUGCCGCAUGUUUUUCUUGCUCGUGCACGAUCUCCAAGUAAGAGUGCAACAGAGACUAAGCCUCCGGACAAAAUCUCGUCGGUUUCACAUUCACCUUUUUCAUCUGCUGCUGUAAUCCAGCCGUUUGUUCUUUCUUGGAUCCUUGUUGCCGUUCUGUAUUCACUAGCAUUUUUAUGAGGAAACAAGGAAACAUUUUGUUUUCUAGACUCGGGAAAAGCUGAGUCGCUCCGAGAUAAAGCACGGAACUCCCACACUGGUCUGCAGUGUUGUAUGAGAUAACUCAAGAAAGUUUACAUGUUUAUGUGCAGCAAAAAGAAUGCUGCAUCCUGAGUUAAGGCGGUAAAUUUUAACAUAUGUAAAUAUGGAUAUAAUGCUUUUGCCAGCAUGGGUUUUGAGGUCCAAGCCAUAAAGGUGGCAGGCCUUUUUCCAACAUGUAUCUUGCCUUGUUGUAUCUUGUGUAAUAUUCUGCAGAAAUCAAGAUCAAGAAAUGCGUUUCACCCAAAAUAAGGGUGGUAUCUCCUCCCUAACUUUUCAAAGCUUUUUACCCUGCUGUGUUUUUAAUUUCUCGUUUAUGUUUUUUGAGAAUCCAUCACUAUUGUAACGAUUUUAUCUGUUUCCA